ACAGGGAUUUAUUGUCUGCAGCUCCCACAGCCUUUUCCUUGUCCUGGUCCUGAACUCAUGAUGUUUGUUGGCCUCUUGUUUCUGCUCCUCCUCACAGCUGUGGAUGGACAGACCUCUGAGAGAGUGUGUAGUUAUCAGGAUGUUUUAAACUCCAUGAACUUAACCAAAAACAAUGAGCUGUUCUCCAUGACCCGGCCCGUUAAAGACCACACGCAGCCCACAAAUGUCUCCCUGGACGUUGUGCUGUAUGCGAUUCUAGAUGUGAGAGAGACUGACCAGACCUUCAUUCCUUACGUUUGGAUCUAUGUGUUCUGGGAGAACCAAUACAUUUCAUGGAAUCCCAAAGACUUUUGUGGUAUUGGUAAAGUUUCUAUUCCCGCUGAUGCUUUGUGGAAGCCAGAUCUCACUAUUGAAGAGAUGGUAGAAAAGGACAAAGCCCCCCCAAGUCCUUACCUCACUAUCUUCAGUAGCGGUUUCGUCAUUGUUCAGAACGACCAGGUGUUGGUCAGCACCUGCAGGAUGCACGUUUACCAGUUCCCCUUCGACAUUCAGAGCUGCAGCCUCUCUUUCAAAUCUGUCAUUCAUACUUCAUAUGAAAUAAGGCUUACUCAGACCUCCAACUCCGCACAGGCCACUGAGGAGUCUCGCGAUGUAAUGCGGACCCAGUACGAGUGGCUUUUCAUCAACAUGACAAUCACCAACACGACAACUGUCGACCAGUAUGGCCAAGAGCAAGAUAUGGUCAUUUACACUAUCAACAUGAAGAGGAGGUCUGUCCUCUACAUUGUAAACUUCAUACUUCCCAUCCUGUUCUUCUUGUGUCUGGACUUGGCCUCUUUCCUGGUCUCGGACAGCGGAGGCGAGAAGCUGAGCUUUAAGGUCACUGUGCUGCUCGCUGUCACUGUGAUGCAGCUUAUUCUCAAUGAAAUCCUGCCUUCUUCGUCAAACAAGAUCCCACUCAUAGCGGUCUACUGCGUUGGGAUCUUUUCUCUGAUGAUGCUCAGCCUCCUGGAGACGAUUGUGGUGAUGUAUCUGAUGGAGAAAGACUCACACCAAGACGACGAGACAGACAAAGACCAAAGCCAGGGUGACGAUUGUGAGAACAAACAGGGCAAAGCCAAAUUCCACAUCUGUUUUGGAGAAAAGAAGAAAUCGAAUCCGUGUUUGUGUGGCUCUGUUGUGUCUCUUGAUGAAACGCCAACUGAACCACUGAAGGUGAGCAGCAGCCAGCUGACGGAGGAGUCCCAGGGCCUGGAAAAGCUCUCAGAGGAUCUGAGAGAGGCGUUGAAGACACUCACUCUGUUCCUCAACAGCAAGAAGGAAGAAGGAAAGCCCGGAUACUGGACCAGAAUGGCGAAAACAAUCAACAGAGUUUUCUUCAUUUUCUAUGCCACAGCUGCCAGUCUGUUUUUAAUCUGCAUGUUCUUCAACUGGAACAAUGUGUAAGAAUUAUAGUGCAACAUAAUGACGCGUGAUGAGUCCAACCAUUGCUACUAACAAGACUCAUUAUCA